UUUUUUCUCUCACUCUCGCAGACACACUACUCUCUCUGCAUUGCCUCUCUCUCUCUCUCUCUCUCUCUCUCUACAAUCUCUCAGAUCUUUUGAAAUCCGCAUCAAGAAAGAUAUGGACUUGUGAUCAUCUCUGCGUCCGCUGUUUUACUUCAAUGGCUGUUGCUCAUAGAUUUUGAGGGAGCAACUUGGGAGAAAGCCAAAAGAGUAGGAUGGAUGCUGACAAUCUUAUUCAAGUCACCGAGAAUGGGGUUGGAUUUGAAAAUGGAGUUCGCGAAGAGCUUCUUAGCAGUGAGCUACAGGUGGCUAUCCAUGAAGCUAAUGGUGUCCCCAAUUGCAGUCCCGAGAUAGGAGGAUUAAAUGCAGAUUUUGAAGAUAGCCUGAAGUUGAAUGAUGGUGAACAUAUUGACUCCUGUGGUCUAGUGGUCAAGGAGGGAUCACCAACACCUGCAAAUAGCAAUGCUGCUGACAAUUCCGAGGGAGGGAAAGAGCUGUUGAAUUCAAAACCACAUAAGGCUUUAGCUAAGAGUAAGAGCGGGAAACCCUUGAAUACUCGAACUAUUUCUGAAACAGGGGUUAAAAAGAGCAAGGAUGGAAAAGAUGUGCUGACUGCUUCUGGUGUUUCAAAUGGCACCCUGGCUUCAGAAUCAAACUCUAAACUGUCAUUUGCAAAAUCAAAGAGUAAAUCAUUCAAUGAGAGGCUAGCAGCAUCUGCUUCAACCAAUGUUAGCCAGUCCAAGCAGCAAAUCCAGCAGCCAGAAUUGAUAUCAUCUACAUCUGCUGCACAAUCUGACUGCAACAGGGAGAAGACUAAGCCGAGGGUACUGAAAAAGAGCCAAUCAAGUAAAACUGAAGGAGUGGCAGAAUCUGUAAGUCCUGCUGAAGAUGCAAAGCCUCGCAAAGUGGGUACUCUUCCAAACUAUGGCUUCAGUUUCAGAUGUAAUGAAAGGGCUGAGAAACGAAAAGAGUUUUACUCAAAACUAGAGGAAAAGAUCCAGGCAAAGGAAGUGGAGAAGACUAAUUUGCAAGCAAAAUCAAAGGAAACGCUGGAAGCUGAGAUUAAAAUGUUGAGGAAGAGUUUGAUGUUCAAAGCAACACCAAUGCCAAGCUUCUAUCAGGAGCCUCCACCUCCCAAGGCAGAACUAAAGAAGAUACCAACAACAAGAGCUAAAUCUCCUAAGCUUGGUCGGAAGAAAAGCUCCCCGAGUAGAGUUUCUGAAGAAGAGAGUGAUGAAGGAACACACACGAGCAGGUUAAGCUUGGAUGAGAAGUUGUCGCAAAAUGACUCUGUCAAGGGACCUUCGAUUGUCAAUCUCAAGAAACCUCUGAGGAAGUCCCUCCCUAAACUGCCUUCCCAGAAAACUAGCUUGUCUGGUGAAACAAGAAAAGCGUCUUCCAGAAAAACUAGUAUAUCAAAGGAAAUGAGUGGAAGUUCUUCUCAGGCAGACAAUUCAUCAAAAAGUGGAGCUGCAGGUGACGUGCAAAAGCAGGAGGAAACACCAUUGCUUGAGCCAAACCAGACUCAGCCUGGUACUGAUGUUGAGCAUUUUGGUGAAGUUCAAGCUGAGGUAGCCUUGGUGAACUAGCCAUAUCAGCGGAGCAUUAAAUAUAGCAGCAUGCAAAUCCAAUGUAUAUUUAUUAGGCUACCCUUUGUCCCAUCAUCUGCCUGAAAAUUGUGCAAGAGAUGCGAGUAAUACUUGAUUCAUUUGAUGAUGAAGGAACGGUUGAUAUUGUAGUGAUGGUUGUUGCCUCAAUGUUUAUAAUGGCAAGGUUUGAUUGUGUAAUAUACAUCUGAAGAUUGCUGGAAUGUGAUCCUUAAGACAAGCAGAUUGAUUGCAGCAUUUUAAGGUCACUGUUGGUCAAUUUGAUGCCCUUAUUUAUUAUGUUUCAAUGUGCCCUAGUCCUACUUACGAACUGGGAAAUUUUUGGCUUUGAGGGGAUUCACCUACUAUUAGUUCAGGAUAUAUGUAUUGGCUACUUUGCUUUUAAGUUUGGUUAACUCUGAAUGUUGUAUUGGCUGCUAAGACUUUUAAUUAGCAAUUGAGUAUUGCUUAUCAAUGAAGACUUUUAUUUCUAUUUGCAUUUUA